AUGGAUCCUAUAACAAAACUUUUCCACCGGCAAGUUAUUGAAUGUUGGUCUCGAAUCCCCGCUCCAAAGCAUAAUAAAGACGAAUUAGUUAGCUGCAAAGCAAAAUUUAUUGAUGAAGUCAAAGAUAAUCCAAAGUUUCCCAUUGUUAAUGUUACCAAGAUUCGCCGAAAUAAUGAUAAAAGUUGGGAGAAACUAGAUAAGAUUGAAAAGGAAAUUGACACGAGAAAAAAUGAUUGGGCGACUAUUGAAUUUGUUGGUGAAACCCAACAGGCGGCUAUAAAAUAUUUUGAUGACAUUGAUUUGGCAUAUGAUAAAAUGAAUUCAACUUUGUAUGAAGCAGCAUUUAAAUUAAAUUAUGCAAUAAAUAAAGCUGAAAAAUCCAACGAUGAGGAAGAUUUAGUGGAAGUAGAAAAUGCUCUUGAAGAAUUUUUAAAAACUUUACAGGCUGCAGUGACUUUUGAUAAUGAAUACCAAUGGGCUUAUACUUCUAUACUUACUGUUCAUUUAAAAAUAGAUAUGAUUGUUGAUUUGGCUAAGAGCAAAUUGAAAUAA